UAAAAACUGUAGUUUUUCUUCUAACACUUAAAAUAUCUGUUCAGUUUGCAAAAUUUCCCCGCGGAUGAAUAUCACCGCGUGAGAAGUGGUAGUAGAAAAGUCAAAGUACAAAGUCCAGCGAAAAGGGAAUUGAUUUGUUUUGAGAAAUCGAUUGACCUGCGAUUUGGUUGCUAAUCUCUCAGGUGAUAGGAUGGACACCCACAGCCAGGUUGUUGACAGGUUGCGGUCAGCGUUUCGUUCAGGCGUCACAGUUCCAGAGCAGUUUCGUCGAACACAGCUGAUCAAGCUCAUGUCCAUGAUCAAAGAGAAUGAGGAGCAGAUUUUAAAGGCGCUGCACAAAGACCUCGCAAAGCCAAAGUUUGAGGCCGUCCUGUCUGAGGUUGAUAUGGUGAUCAAUGAGCUGCACUACGCCAUCAAUAACCUCAAAAGCUGGCUGCAGCCGGAGUAUGUCGGUAAGAACCUGGCUACAAAGCUGGAUGAUUGUUUCAUACGGAGGGAACCAUUAGGAGUUGUUUUAAUCAUCGGGGCGUGGAACUACCCACUGCAACUCCUUCUCUUACCCAUGGUUGGAGCCAUUGCUGCAGGAAACUGUGUGGUCAUUAAGCCUUCAGAGGUCAGCGCAGCCACAGACAGUCUGAUAGCAGAGCUCAUCCCCAAAUAUCUGUCUCAGGACUGUUGCGCGGUUGUUAGUGGUGGAGCAGAAGAGACCAAGGCACUCCUGCAGAAUCGCUUUGACCACAUCUUCUACACAGGUUCUCAGAAUGUUGCGCGCAGCAUCCUGCAGGCAGCCUCGGUCCACUUGACCCCAGUCACGUUGGAGCUGGGUGGCAAGUGUCCAUGCGUCAUAUACGGAGGGGUGAAUAUCACAGUUGCUGCCCGCCGCUUGGCAUGGGCCAAGUUUUUCAACGCUGGCCAGAGCUGCGUGGCACCGGACUAUGUGCUGUGUACAAAAGCCACCCGGGACGCCCUGCUGCCUGCUUUGCGUGAGGUCCUGGAGGAAUUCUACAGCAAGGAGCCUCAGAACUGUCCUGACAUGUCCCGCAUUGUGUCACAGCGACACUGGACUCGUCUGAUGGAACUGCUCAAGAAUUCCAGCGGAAAGGUUGUUGUGGGAGGAGAGAGCAACGAGGAGGACAAGUACAUAGCUCCCACAGUGUUGGUGGACGUGGCUGAAGACGACGCCCUGAUGAAGGAGGAGAUUUUCGGCCCAAUCCUGCCCAUCAUCACUUUUGAGUCUCUGGAGCAGAGCAUCGACUUCAUCAACCGCAAAGAGAAGCCACUGGCCCUCUAUGUUUUCUCUGAUGAGUCCUCUGUGGUGAAAACAGUGCUGGAAAAGACCAGCAGUGGAGGAUUCUGCUCUAAUGAUGGGAUCGUCCACAUGACACUGCCAGGCCUGCCCUUUGGAGGUGUAGGGGCCAGCGGUUGGGGCAGUUACCACGGCCGCUGGGGCUUUGAGGCAUUCAGCCACCGGCGGGCGUGCAUGCUGCGCGGCUGGGCGUUGGAGAGACUCAACGGCCUGCGUUACCCACCUUACACAGAAAACAAACUGAGCUGGCUGCGCUGGACCACCUCAGCCAAGAGCAGCUGCUCACUCAUGUGAUGGCAGGCAGGAAGAAUGUUUGUGUGUGUUUGUGGGUGUGUGUGAAGAUAGAUGGAGUUUUUAUACUUGUAUGCAUGAGUGUGAAUGUAGGUGCAGCAGGAUUAAUCAUUGUUUUGCUUUUAAAUCGUUUGGGAAGGUGUGUUAGUGCACUAUUUUCCCUCCAUUCUUUUGAUCUGUUUGAUUUCCCUCCCCAGCCCUCUGACACUGUGUAGUCAUCUUGUCACUGUUUAGAACUGUAUAUCUAUAGUGUAUUUUAGAAGAUAUCCUACCCUGCAUUUUUUCCAAACUGUGGUAAAAUUCUCACUUUUUCUCACUGGGUUUUGUGUCGGCACAUACUUCACUUUCUGAGCUCUGGUUUCACUUCACCUCAACAUUCAUUACGUCAGCCUUAACUUGAACAGCGCAGGUUAGAGAUCAAAGCAGUUUAUUUUAUUAAUAAAACUUUUAAAACUGGCUUAGAUGUCUUAAAGCCUCGGAUAUCACUUAGUGCUUGUUUUUUUUAUCCUCACUGCACUAAAAAAAGUUGUGUGUUGAGAAUGGUGUUACAGUGUUAUAUUGUUUUUAACAACCUCAUUUGUGAAUCUUUUUGUUGUCUUGAACAAUCUUUUUUUUCUCUCUUGGUGUCUGAGGAGAUGCGGAUGUGAUUUUGUCUGUUUUUAAUGUUCUUUUCAUGAAAUACUGUAAAUAAAUGAGAAAUGUCAUCUUGUA